AGCACCGUUUUUACGCACCAAACUAUUGUUGCCUAAUGUUCAUUUCCAAUUUUUAAAUCACGUUAAGUGGUCGGUGAGUUUAAGUAUCUUCGCUCAUUUUUAAGUAUCGAUAUCGUUCGACUUAUCUAUGACGCUCGUACUAGGAAUACGUCCGAGGCGUUAUCAAAUUGAGAAUAAAUGAAUGUGUUUUAGUGCACCGAUGAAGAGUAAAAUGACACCGAAUGGUGGCUGGGGAUGGAUGGUGGUACUUGGUGCCGCUAUAACAAACAUGACUAAUCAGUCGAUAUUUUCCCAAUUUGGACUGAUCUUCGGUGAGAAACUAACUGAAAUGGGAUGUGGAACUGGCGGUGCGGCGCUUGUCAUUAACAUAAACAGUAUGAUCACAAAUUUUUCUGGAUUGGUCACCGGUCCUAUUUUAAAGCACUACUCGGCGCGAAAGGUAACUUUGUUAGGAAUAUUCUUAACUGCAUCAGGAAUGGUACUGUCAAGUGUUGCAACGAACCUAAUUGAACUCAUAAUAAGUUAUAGUGUUUUUACGGGACUAGGGUUGGGAUUAAUAAUGCCCGCGACUUUUGUAGCUGUCAAUGAGUACUUUACGUCAAGAAAAAGUCAAGCCGUCGGCUUAUCUAUGGCCGGAACGGGUGUAGGGCAAAUGAUAAUGCCACAAGUAGUUCGGUUUUUGCUGGACGAAUAUGGUUACCGAGGCACCACUCUUAUACUAGGCGCACUUUGCCUCAACGGAUUACCAGGAGCACUACUUUUCCACCCGGUUAAAUGGCAUAUGAUCGAAACCAACACAAUCGACGAAGAAAAACAACCACUACUAGUCAAGCAUAUACAAAUUCCACAAACUACGACGAGAUACGGGGUGGUAGAAGAACCGGGUACAUCUUCAAAUGAGGAUAAAGGAAAAACCUUAUUGCGCAAAGUAAUCGAGUUUUUCAACUUCGAGCUUUUAAAGGAUUGGGUUUUUCUUCACCUCAUAAACGGACUGGCGCUCGUUUAUACUUGUACCGUGGCGUUCAAUAUGAUAUAUCCGUUCUUUUUGCAAAAUAGCGUCGGGUUAAGUCGUGGAGACACCGCCUUGUGCAUGUCAUUAUUGUCCGGAGCCGAUAUAGUGGCUCGCGUGACAAUACCAAUGAUUACAAAACAUUUUCGAAUCUCAAACCGUAUGACAUUCCUUUUAGGCACGGUUUGUUGGGCCGUUUGUCGCUCUGUUUUAGCAGAGCAGCAUCGGUUCUCCAUAAUUAUAUUACUGUCACUUUUGUGCGGUUAUAUUCGCGCGGCAGCCGUUGUCAACCAAAAUUUAGCUAUCACCGAGUACUGCAAGGACGAGUCUAAAAUACCCUCCGCAAUUGGACUCAACAUGGUGGCUAAAGGGUUGCUGGUUUUAGGUGUCGGCCAGUUUUUCGGCUGGGUUAGGGACUACACAAAAAGCUUUGUGAUUUGCUUACAUGUGCAAAGUGUGGUGAUGAUGUUCGUGGCGUUGACAUGGAGUGCGGAAAUGCUUGCAAGAAAAUUAUACCAGAGGUACAAAUCCUAAAGCCAAAAAGUGCAAACUCCUAUAAUACUCAUUUUAAUUUACUAUAACUGUGUUAACAAGUAACUCAGUAUUUUUGGAUUUCUUCACGUAGAAUAAGUAACUUAUUAAUUAGUAUAUUAGAUUAUUCAGAUGUAAUACAGUAUUAUUAGAACUAAAGCUGGUGUUGUUAGAAGUGUGUAUUUCCAAGCAUGUAUAAAGUUCAUGUAGAUACAUAAAAAUAUAGGUUACA